AUGGACUCGCCUGUCAAUAGUAAUAAUGACAGCUCGCUUCACAGACAGAGCACAGAAGAAAAUGAUUCCGCUAGGGGGUUUCAACCCUCAGACCAUCCUCCUGUACGGCUCUGGCUACGGCAAACACACGCUCUGUUCAAUAAAAGCAUUAUUUUGCUGUUCCGGCGGUGGUAUUGGACACUUCUUCGAGCACUUAUUAUUCCUGUGAUUUUCAUUUUGUAUAUGGGAUACUCAAAAUACCUUUAUUUCCCUUACGAAAAUUAUGGUAUAGCACAGCCCAACCAAAAUAUCCUACCUCUCAAAGACGUGGUUGGAAGCCUAAUCAUCACUUACUACGCCCAUACAAAUGACAGCUCGCUUCUCUCUGUUGACGACAUGCACAGCAUCAUGGCUAAAGCUUUGCAAGAUAUCCCUGAGUCUCAAAUCACAUAUUUAACUACACCAGAUGAUGUUUUCGACUUAUGUCCACAAACUUUGCGUGGUGUGUCACGCUGUUAUGGCGGCAUCCAGUGGAACGGCUUGCGUGCAAACGAGGGCUUUUACAACUACACCUUGCGCGGCAACUGGGGACUCGGGAACGUGGACGUGCGUAAUCACAAUACAGACGUUGAUAAAUUCAUUCUGCCUCUGCAGCUUGCUGUAGACAAUGCAAUUCGGCAAUCUAGUACUGAACUUGGAUCGAUACCUUUUACAUCCAUAUCAGAAGAGGAAAACAAGAAAGAUCGCGACAAAAACUUUCUUAAAGUUCUUCGCGAAUGGAUUUCACCAUCUUUAUACAUUGGUCUCAUUGGCAUUGUGUACCAGCUUGCUGGUGUAGUUGCUGAAGAGCGUGCACUCGGUCUCACCAGUCUGUUGAAUAGUAUGGAGACCGAUUCUCAUGCGCGACUUGGAGGGUAUGUUGCGUCUUUUGGUGCUGUUUAUUUCCCCAGCUGGGUCUUCAUUGGUCUUAUUUUUGCUAGAGUGUUUUUCAAGCACACCAAUGCGGCCAUUCCAAUCUUCUUUGCUAUUUUCAAUGGUGCUGCUUCUGUUACUUGGUCCAUUCUUCUUGGCACAAUUUUCAGAAAUGCCCAGCUGGCUGGCAUUACAUCAGCAGGAUUCUCAGUAGUCCUUGCUAUUCUGACAUCAGUCCAAACUCAAGUCGGAGGAGGUGCUGGUGCCCCUGGUGCUAUCUAUGUUUGCUCUUUCCUUUUCAACCCAAUGGGCUUUUGCUUUUUUAUCCAACUUCUUAGCUAUAAUGAAAGUGACUAUGACCCCUUAAAUCUGGUAAAGCACGUCAAUGGUGGAUCCACUUAUCCUCUGGUAGUAUUUCUGGCACCCUUAUUCCAAUUUUACUUUUAUAUUUUGCUCACCUUAUUGGCAGAAAGAAUUCUCUAUGGGAAAAGGAGAAGUUUGUUUUCUACUUCAGCCAGUGGUAAUGCAUUAGAAAUUAAAAAUCUCAACAAAACUUAUAAGAGUCUAUUUCGCAAAAGCAAAAAAGUCACAGCAGUCAAUGAUCUUUCGCUGUCAAUUUCCCCCUGUCAGAUUUUCAGUCUGCUUGGAGCCAAUGGUUCCGGGAAAACAACAACGUUAGAGAUGGUUGCUGGAAUUCAAACACCAACCAGCGGCGAAAUUAGCUUUUCUCCAGGAACAGUUCUUGGCAUCUGUCCUCAGAAAAAUGUUCUUUGGGACAACCUGACAGUUGCUGAGCAUAUUCAUAUUUGGUCACGAAUCAAGGGCGUUCCUAAUAAGAGCCUUUCUGCAGUGACGAAGCUUUUUGUACACAAGUGUGGUCUGGCUGGUAAAGAGCAUGCAUUAAGCAAGAACUUGAGUGGUGGCCAGAAACGUAAACUUCAGUUGGCAAUUAUGUUUACUGGUGGAAGUAAUUUGUGCUGCAUUGAUGAAGUAUCAUCUGGACUGGAUCCGGUAUCACGGCGCGUAAUUUGGGACAUUUUACUGGCCUUUCGUUCCACACAUACUAUGAUUUUGACUACCCACUUUCUUGACGAAGCAGACUUACUUUCUGAUAACAUUGCUAUCCUUUCCAAGGGCGUUCUACAAGCUGAAGGAAGUCCAAUUGAACUUAAAGAGCAACUUGGUAAUGGUUAUCGCGUUUUUAUUGAUAGAUCGGGAACAGGCCACGAAGAGUCACAUAUUCUUCCAAAUCCACAAGCAGUUUUGGACUUUAUCAUACCACUAGAAAAUGAAAAUGUGGCUUACCGAAUAGCAGGACCUGAAUUGGAGGAUGUGUUUUUAAAGCUAGCCAGCAAGGAUCACGAAGAUCAUUCAUUGGAUAAUUAUGAAGAAAAGGUAGUAGAUUCUGAGGAUCUUGAAAGUGAUACUGAAGUGCAAAGCAGACAAGUUGGAUUUUUCAAUCAAAUUGCAGCAUUACUCCAUAAGCGCUUUAUUAUUCUAUUAAGGGCGCCGCUUGCUGAACUAGCUUUUUUCGCCAUUCCGCUUAUUGUUGCUGGUGCUUGUAAUACUUUUUUAUCAUCGGCACAUAACACAAUUACUUGUGAUGUGAAUAGCCGGUUCAGCAAACAAAAAUACUCUCAAACAAGUGCAGAUGUACCUUUUGAUUUCCCAUUAGUAGGUGAGCAGGAAUUUUUGGCUGCUGCACCUGGAUAUAAUUCGUUUCUUCAAGGACAAGCUUCAUGGGCACAAGAUCCUACAACUGCUCUUGAACUGAUUAAUGCAACAGUAUCUUCAGGCCUUCAUUUUUUAAACUCGUUCGAUGAAUUUUACGGUUAUAUUGAAGCAAACUAUUCACAAAUAGUUCCUGGUGGUCUUUCAUUGAGCAACAACCCUACAUUGGCAUAUCAGGCUGACUCAAGCAGUGGUGUAUAUUAUGGGCCUUUAAUUUUAAAUCUCUUUACUAACCUUCUUGUCAAUGGCUCACAAACUAUUAUUGCAAACUAUUCUCCCUUUCAAAUUUCAUGGGUUACAAACACGGGUAAUGUACUUCAAUUUAUCACAUACUUUGGUCUUUCUUUGGCUGUGGCUCCAGCUUUUGCAGGAUUAUACCCCACAUUUGAGCGUCUGAGCAAAGUCCGUGCAAUGCAAUAUUCCAAUGGAUUGCGAGUCGUGCCACUGUGGACUGCAUAUCUUUUGUUUGACAUGGUAUUGAUUGUGGUACUCAGUGCCAUUUGUUUGGGAAUCAUCAUGUCGGCCAUUUCAGGGAUUUAUGGGCCUGGAUAUCUAUUUUUAGUGUUUAUGUUGUAUCUCACAACUGCAUCGCUUUUAUCAUUUGUUGUAUCGCUAUUUGUACAGUCCCAGCUUGCUGCUUUUGCAGUUGUAGCAGCAUAUGAGGCAGUUUUUGUUCUAAUUUACCUUAUUGGAUAUUUGACAACUCAGACGUUUGGUCAUCCAGCCACAAUUGAACGCAACGUGCGUAUAAUAUACUUUACAGUUGCUGCUAUAUCACCAUCCCAAAGCUUGAUGCGAUCAUUGUUUAUUGCUUUCAACAUUUUUGGUAUUUUGUGCGGGUCACAGAAAUCAAUUACUUAUAUGGGAGACAUUUUGGCAUAUGGCGGGCCUGUGUUAUACUUGAUUGUGCAAAUUUGCUUAUUAUUUGGGUUUCUCAUUUGGUGGGAAAGUGGACUACACAGGAGAAUGAUUACCCAUCAGUUUCAGAAACUAGGCAAGAUAAUAACCAAACUUUUUCAUACUGUCUUCAAGCCCAGAGAUUGGAAUUUGGAUUCGCAAGAUCCUCUAGAUACUGAAGAGAAGACGGCAGAUAACAAUGCACUUGAAACCGAAGUACUCCAAGAAGAACGUUUUGUUGAAGAAAACUUGGAUCGAUAUGCAAGUGGACUUGCGCUGGUUAAAAUCAGUAAAGAGUAUGGCGGCAAGCGGGUUGUGGAUGAUAUUUCAUUUGGAGUGGAACGCGGCGAGUGUUUUGCACUUUUAGGACCCAACGGUGCAGGGAAAACAACAACUUUCAAUAUGGUUCGCGGUGAGGUGGCACCAACUCAAGGUGAUGUACUUGUGACGGGUAUCUCGGUGACACGCGAACGCGCCGUAGCUCGUACCCGGUUGGGAGUAUGCCCCCAGUUUGAUGCAAUGGACAAGCUAAGUGUUGAAGAAGUGCUUCAUUUUUAUGCCCGUCUGCGUGGUGUUUACGGUCAACGUAACCAAGCAGCUGCAGUACAAGCCCAUGUUGAUCGACUGAUUGUUUCUGUAGAUUUGGAUCGGUUUCGCACACGCAUGGCCUCCAAAUUAUCUGGUGGUAACAAACGCAAACUAUCGCUAGCUGUGGCGCUGAUUGGAAACCCGUCUGUGUUAUUAUUAGACGAACCGUCAAGUGGUAUGGAUGCGUUUGCAAAGCGGCUUAUGUGGCGGACUCUGGCAGCGGUGGCACCAGGUCGUGCAACAGUACUCACAACACAUUCUAUGGAGGAAGCAGAUGCUCUUGCUGGUCGCGCAGGUAUUCUUGCUCGCAAAAUGCGGGCAUUAGGUACUGUUGCUCAUCUCCGCGGGAGAUAUGGUGACGUUGUUCAUGUACAUAUUGUUUGUCGUGAUGCGCCUUUGUCUUCAAUAGUUGAGAUGAAACGUGUAGUCGAGAUAAUUGGUAAACUAUUCCCUGGUUCACAAUCCGAAGACCGCAUGUAUCAAGGCCAGGUAAAAGUUGCCGUUCCACUUGGGUCCGGUUUUUCAGUGGCUCGAGUUUUCCAGGUGUUGGAGGAACAUAAAGACCAAAUGGGAAUUCGAUCUUACAGUGUUUUCCCAACUCGGUUGGAAGAAGUAUUUUUAAAAAUUGUUGGUAAUACUGAGGAAGAAGAAGAAGCGUCAACUCAUGAUUGA